UACCGGUAAUAGUUCAAUAUGUCAUAGUAAGAGGUGAUUUAUUAAAAACAAUGGGCUGGCCAGUUGGUGCAGUAAUUGCACAAGCAUGUCAUGCGUGUACUGCUGUAACCCAUUUGUUUUACAACGAUCAACAUACUCAGAAAUAUUUAUCUGAUUUGGAUAACAUGCAUAAAAUUGUUCUUGAAGCACCAGAUGAAAAAAAAUUAAAUGACUUGCAUUUAAAAUUAGAGGAAUCUAAAAUCGACCAUAAAUUAUGGAUUGAACAACCAGAAAAUAUUCCAACGUGUUUAGUUUGUAAACCGUAUCCAAAAGAUGACGUUUCUAAAUUUUUUAAAAAAUUUAAAUUGUUCAAAUAAAUUCAAAUUUUGUAUUUUAUAAAUCCAAAAAAAAAAAAUAUACAUAAAUAAAUAACAACAAAAAUUA